UAUUAAAUGUAUGGUUGAAUUUGCGUCAAACUACGUAUAUAAUAAAAGGUUAUGUUCGUCACAAUCGAAAAAAAUAAAACACGGUAUAUGUAAUAUUACAUUUACUAAGGAAACUACCAAAAAAUUAAAAGUAAUCUAGAACAGUAAUUCAGUGAAUAAAAGGAUAAUGAAAAUGCACACAUCUCGUAUACUUUAUGGACUUGGAAUUUUCGUCUUUUUUUUUUAUUUCACAAAAGUGUCAAGUGCACCAAGUGUAUUAAGAACACAAAGUAUUAUAGACGUAAUGAAGCAUGAUAGACAACUGUGUAAAUUACCGACGUUUUUAUACGAAAAUAAUGUUACAAGGGAAUGCCUUAAUGUGACAUAUCCUGAAAAAAUUCUGGCAGCUGAAUGUAAAAAUAUGAAUACUUUUUUAUGUUUAGCAUUGUAUGAUACAUGGAAUAAAGUUUGUCAAUUUAAUAAGCCACUUAUUAAUACAACUAAAUUUUAUGUACAUAUUCAGCAAUUUUUCCCUGAUGAAGAUGAAAAUGGAAGGGCUGAGUUUUGUAAAAAUCUUCAAAAUGUAACACUUUCAUAUGAGAAAGUAAAGCCAUUAUUAUCACCUCUAUAUUUGAAUACUUCUAUGGCAUGUUCUUUAGCAUGUUUUGAUAAAAAUGAAAAAUUCAUUCCACUUUGUGCAAUAUUAUCUUGGAACAAAUAUAUUGAUGAUAAUAUAAAAAAAAUGAACAAAAAUGAACAGAUAGAUUCACCUGAUGGUACAUCUAGUACAAAGAUAAGUACAGAUCCACAAGAAUCUAAACAACUGCAAGAUUCUCAACUUGCAUUGGCUCAAUUUUCCAGUGAAAUAAGGACCGAAAAUAUUAAGAGUGAUACUAAAGAAGAUAAAGUUAAUCUUUCAAACAAUGAUAACAAAUUAAAAGACAUACAAAAGGAAGAGUCUACGAUUAAAAUAGCAUCUGCUACAAAUGUAUCAGUCAUGUUAAAGUCAUCAGUAACAGAGAAUAAAAAUACAUCUUUUGCGACAAAAUCUAAAGAUGUGAAUUUGAAUCAGCAAAGUAAUGUAAAUAAUGAUUCUUCUGCAUUAAAUCAGCAUAAAAAAGUUGUAGAUAAGCUUGAUGAAAAAGUUGAGGAUUCUAAAAAGCUUGAAAAUCAUAAUGUAAAUGCUUUAAGCAAUGAAGCUUUAGAGAAUAUAAAUGAUCCUAAUGAGGACAUCAAAACAAGUACAAUAUCAGAAGACACUCAGGACCAUGAAAAUUCUGCAAAUCAAAAUAAUUGGAACCAUGGGGACACACCUAAUGAUGCAAAUGAUGCACCCGAUAUGAUCAUUGAUACAGGUGAUCAAGGUCAAAAUAUACCGGAUCCUUCAGAACAGAGAGAUGAUAUCAUAUCCCACUAUCAUAAUAUUACGUCAGAAGAAGAAUCCCAUUUUUUUACUUACUUUACUGUAGUUUCCUUAAUUUCCAUAGCUGCAUAUAUUGGUUAUCACAAUAAACAAAAGAUAUUAGCUAUUGUAUUAGAGGGACGAAGAUCACGAAACAGCCGUGGUAGAAGACGACCUAGUACAGCUAAUUAUCGUAAACUAAAUUGUACACUAGAAGAAGCAGUUACAUCACAGUGUAAUGCAAAUGUUACUCAUGUCAUAUAUUAA